CGGCACCGCGGGGCUACAGCGGCAGCGGCGUGCAGGGAGCCGGGCGCGAUGUACCUCCGCAGGGCGGUCUCCAAGAGCCUGGCGCUGCCUCUGCGGGCGCCCCCAGGCCCCGCGCCGCUCCGGAAGGACGCAUCUCUUCGCUGGAUGUCAUCUAACAAACUCCCUGGAUCAUCUGGAUCAAACAUGAUCUAUUAUCUGGUUGUAGGUGUCACCGUCAGUGCUGGUGGAUAUUAUACUUACAAGAGAAUCACAUCAGAGAAAGCUAAACACAGCGAUCAUAUAACGGAUUUGAGAGAAAAAACCAAAGCAGAGUUACAUCCACUUCCAGGUGCGAAAGAGAACCGUGUGGGUGCCGAGGAAGCCCGUUCCGCAGCCCCCGAAGUACCUUUGGUGGAGGCUCCGGUGACGGACGCCGCAGAGCUUCCCAACGCCACAGCUGCAGCCGUAGAAGAGGCUUCCCGCUGUCCGGAGCACGUGGAGGCUGCAGCCGAGGAGACCGCCGCCGCCGGUGCUGAAACCGGGUCAGAGGUCACAGAUGCGGGGGCGGGAGAAACCGCAGAGGUCGGCGCUGAAACCACGUCGGAGGUGACCAGCGCGGCAGCUCGGGAUGAAGCUGUUGCCAUCAAUAGUGAUAAAGGUACAACCGAGAACGAGAGCUGUGGUGAAAAUGCAGAACGAGAAGAAAAUGCUCCAGUUGAGCCAGAAUCCUCUGCUAGGGCAGAUUUACAGGAAGAAGCCAGUGUUUGUUCUGAGGCCGCCUCAGCCCAGGGCUAAUCUCACGCGGAUCGACACUGGGGCAAAAAAUGCCACAGAGGGUCGGAUAGGUGUUUUUGUAGUUUCAGUAGCCUUAGAUUUUAAAAAGGCUUCUUUUCUAGAAAAAUGUUAAUGUGCCUUGAGGAUUUGGGGUAUCUACUGAUAGGUUUCAGGAUCGAGAGAUUGGAGAUUUUGCAUGCUGAAUAGUUUUCUACUCUCUGGGAUCAGAAUAAGACAUGUAAAGAGCUUAAGGAGUUUCACCUGUGGAUUGAAGCUUUCUCUCAUAGGAACUGAGCUAUCUAUGCAACCUGCAUUCACUUUAAUUUUGCUAUAAUUUUACCUUUCUUUAAUGUAUGUAAAUCUAGAUCCUUGAGUUUUGAUUUGAACUCAUUUA